UAGGCGCCGCGCCGCUGGGCGACUAUAAACGGUGGCCGGUGCGAGCUUUCGGCACUCGCUCUCAUCAGUCGCUCCGACUCAGGAACCAGAGCAUCAGCGGAGAUAGCAAGGACACGCUCGCCUCCUUAAGGCUAACUCGCUUUCGUCUUUGGUUCGGAAUGGAAACUUCUCUCUUUACGCGGAGCCGACGGAGCUCCAUGGCGCACGACUUUAAGAGUGGUCUCUCGCUCUGGCUGGUGGUCUGGUUGGUUGUGAUUAAGCCUGCACCUGUGCAGAGCUGCCCACACCUGUGUGUGUGUUACCCGACUCCCAUGACCGUGAGCUGCCAGGCGCAGAACUUCACCUUCGUGCCCUCCGGUGUCCCCUACGAGUCACAGCGCGUCUUUCUGCAAAACAAUCGCAUCACAGAGCUGAGAGUGGGCUCCUUUGGCUUUGGAACUCAGGUUCUGUGGCUCUUCUCCAACAACAUUACCUGGAUUGAGGCUGGUGCUUUCAGUGACCUGCAUGAUUUGGAGGAGCUGGAUCUGGGUGAUAACCCUCAUUUGCGCCGCCUGGAGGGUGGAGCUUUCCGUGGGCUAGAGAAGCUGCAGAGUCUUCACAUGCACCGUUGCCGUUUGGCCGCCCUCCCCCAUGACAUCUUCCACAAGCUCUACAGCUUGCAGUACCUCUAUUUGCAAGAGAACCAGCUCCACUUCCUCCAGGAUGACCUGUUUGCUGAUCUUAUCAAUCUCAGCCAGCUGUUCCUGCAUGGCAACCGUAUCCGCACCUUGUCCGAGAAUGUGUUUCGCGGGCUGGUCAACCUGGACCGCCUGCUGCUGCACGACAAUCGCAUUCGUCAAGUCAACCGCCGCGCCUUCCGUGACCUGGGCCGCCUUACCAUGCUCUUCCUUUUCAACAACACAUUGGCUGAGCUCCCUGGCCAGGCAAUGCGUGAUGUGGAAUCCAUCCAGUUCCUGCGGCUCAACAACAAUCCCUGGGCCUGUGGCUGUGAGGCUCGCCCACUUUGGGAGUUCUUCAGGUCCAACCGCAUCUCCAGUUCAGAGCUGCUCUGUGCCACUCCUGCUUCCCGCCGUGGCCUGGACCUCCGCUUCCUGCGUGAGAUGGACUUUGCCCUGUGCCCCCUGCCAGACCCUGGCUCCCUGGCUGGAUCCACCACCACCACCUUCAGCACCAAGACCCGCUGGUGGUUCUCCAAGAACAAACCUGUUAGCUCCACCAAGGGUAUCUUUGAAAAGAGCUCAGAAACCGUGAAAGCCCAUCCCUUCUCUGGUGGCAAACCCUCAAUCACAUCCACAUCCACGAAGUAUGAGCUGGGUGAGGAAGAAGCACUGCUUCCUAAGUUAGAAAAAGAAGAAUAUUGGGCCAAUUAUGGCAAUGAGGAUGCAGGUAUCACCUCGCUGCGCUGCUUCGAAUUGGAAUGCCCUGACUUUGACACCAUCCCACCCUUCUCUUCUUCAUCUUCUUCUUUACCUUCCACUCUCUUGCUAGUUGUUAUGUCCACCUUGACUGUAUCUCUCCAUCUUCUCUUUGGCUGAAACUUAGUAACUUAGUAAGGGAUCCUGAUCCCCCAUUUCUUCUUCCCCUCUCUGGAGGAAUGAAGACCCCUUUUACUCAACCUAACUCUCAUAUACCUGAUUCCUGUUUAACUUCUACCUUAACUGUAUCUUUGUUCUGUUCAGUUUGAGCCUCUAGGCUAUCCAAGCAACUAGAGGGCACUACACUGAUUUAGGGUACAGUAGGGGAAGCAGGGAAUUCAGGGCAGGUACUGCAGUGCAGGCCAUUUUCACAAUGGAAGGGAAUGAUAGCUACUACCAGAGGGCUUGUUAAGUCAGCAGGUACACUGUCCUCCUUCCGUGUGGACUUUUCAUAUAUAUCACAGUCGUUAUGGACUGGGGAUAUAUGGUUCCAUCCUAGGUUUAUGUACAACAUUUGUAUACUUCUGCCAUUUUUGGCUGCUAUUAGUGCUAUUUUGGCUAUUGUAAAUGCUGCUUGUGAUGGUCCUAUGACUAUAACUGUCUUUUUAAUUGCAGUUAAUACUGUUACUCAAAGUGCUACAGUUUCAGUGCUACUAUUGGCACUGCUUACAGUAAUGUUAGGUAGACAUAAUUUCUAACACUAUACUGGUUUUAUCAGUUAAAGGUAUUAACGGUUCUUUAGAUUACAUUACAAAUUUAAUCAAUAAAUUAUAUUUAAAUAAUAAUUAUAACAGAUGUCAAAGGAUAUCGAAAUAUUAAGGGAAAGCAGUGUGAUGGAAUAUGAAAGUAGAAAGAAAAGGUAUUAAAAGUGGUGAGGAAAAUCUAUGUAAGAUUAAUUAGAGAGUGAUGAAUAGAAGAAGAUAAGAGGUGUCUGAAAGACAGCAACAAAGAGAUCGAGAGAGAGAGAGACACAGACAGAGGGACUGCAGGAGAGAAAGAACACGAAAGAGACAGAGAGAGAUAAUAAGAGUGAGACAGAAUGUAAGAGAAGUAGAACACAGUCUUCUAAAGGCAGAGAAAUGCAGGAGAACAUGACUUUUUUCUUCUCAUUUGUCUUUUAAUAGCAAUUAAUCAUCUGUAACAUCCUGUAAAUAUACCAUGACAUCAUCAUCAAUGGGAAAGCUGUACAUAGAGCAAAGAAAGUCUCAUGUUUACUGAUCUGUUGGUUUAUGUUUACUGAUCUCUGAUUAGUUCAGAAUGUGACUGAUAUCAUGUCUGUUGUCUCUGAUUAGUGAGAUCAACCUGUCAGCAAGAACUGCUGUGAAUGUAUUUGCCUAUGUCUUUUAUGUGAAACUUUGUCAUGGACAUUUUUUCAAUUUUUCCCUUUUUUCAAAUAUAAAGAGAUUUGUCUAUUA